CAUCAACACGACUCGACGUAAAUUUGAAAGUUAGUGAUACGUGGCUGGUGUUUGUCCUGUCUCGUCCGCACAAACUCGUUCAGUUGACUGAAAGGCUGUGACCGCUUUACACCAUGGCUAAAUUAUUGGGUUUGUCAGUGCUAUUCUGCGUUUUUGCUGCCGUAUUGUGCGAUACCUGCAAAAAUGUACAAGUAACCUCCAAAUCCUUCACCACUCAGGACGUUACGAUCGUAACAAACGUAGCUUACAUUAGUGAAUUCAGUGUGCAAUGCGGAUCGGGGGCCCUGAACGCUUUAUAUGCGGAGAUCGAAGGAAACGUUGUGCCUGUAUCCUCUGUGGGACCAAACAAAUAUCAGGUUAGCUGGACUGAAGACCCCAAGACAGCCAAGAGGGGCGACCGUGUCGUCAGAUUGUUCGAUGAAGAUGGUUACACCGCCCUCCGUAAGGCAAUCAGAGCUGGCGAAGACGUCUCCAGUGUCAGUGAACUCGCCAAUGUUGUGAUCAACCAUCCAGGCGCCUACAGUGGUCCAUGGCUCAGGGGAGAAGUUGUUGCCACCAUUAUUUCUAUUGUUAUUGCCUAUUUCGCGAUUGUGUCGAAAUCUAAAGUGGUGUCAUAAACAUUUUAAACUGUUGAAUGAACUAAUGUUUAGUUCAUGAUUAUUUUUCAAUGAAGAACUGUUGUUAUUGCAAUAUUUAUUUCAUUUAUACAGAGAUAAUACAUUUCGUACCUUGUUCAUAAAAUAUUUAUUAAAAGAACGUUUUGUAAA